AUGGCAAAUUAUGAAGUGACCACAUACACUGGCACAUUGCUCUAUUCCAACACGUUCAACAACGUCUACAUUACGCUGGUGGGGACAGACGGGGAGAGCCACCACACUUGGCUCAUAGACAUCACAGGGCCUUUAUCCUUCACCACUGGAGCUGAAUCCACUUUUUCUGUGUCCUGCUGUGAGUCCGUUGGGAAGCUGCUCAUGAUCGAGCUGAACAAAGAGCCUCCCCUAAUUUUCCCCGUAGACUCCUGGUUCCCUGCCAAGGUGAGGGUGAAAACCCCUGAGGGGCACACUUUCCACUUUCCCAUCCACCGCUGGAUCACUGACACCGAUGUUCACAUAUUCAGAGAGGGAAAAGCUCUACUGGUCUUUGAAGACACCCAUGCUCGUGGCAAGUAUGCUAGGGAAAAGGAGCUGAAGCAGCGAGAGGAGGACUAUCAAUGGGAGGUGUAUGCGGAUGGAAUUCCCCACUGCAUUAAAGCAGAAAACACUCAGUCUCUGCCUUUGGAGGUCCACUUCUCCUUCACCAAGGAGACAGAGUUUUACUUCACAGCAGUUCAAGGCUUGAUUGACCUGAAACUGGAUGGACUGGCUGAUGAAACAGUGAAGUGGACUGAUAUGCAGAGUAUCUAUGGGGUGUUCUGCUGCCACCACAACGACACAUCAGUCUAUGUCCAGAAACACUGGAAGGAGGAUGAAUUUUUCACCUACCAGUUUCUGAAUGGUGUCAACCCCAUGUUGAUCCAACGUUGUUCAGUCCUCCCUGAGAACCUUCCUGUCAAAGACUACAUGGUCUUCCUCCAGGGUCCACAUAGCCUGGAUGAGGAACUGAAGAAUGGCAACAUCUACCUGUGCGACUACAAGCUCCUGGAUGGAGUGGAAACAAACACCAUUAAUGGGAAGAAGCAGUACUUGAUGGCUCCUCUGGUCCUGUUCCACAAAAGACCUGAUGACAAGCUGAUGCCAAUAGCUAUCCAGCUGAAGCAGACUCCAGGAGAAGACAACCCCAUCUUCUUCCCUACUGAUUCUGAAUAUGAUUGGCUGUUGGCCAAGAUUUUUGUGCGAAGUGCCGAUUUCAACUACCAUGAACUCAACGUGCACCUGCUGCGCACUCAUCUGCUGGCUGAAGUGUUUGCUGUGUCUCUGCUGCGCAACGUGCCCAUGGUGCACCCGCUGUACAAGCUCCUCAUCCCUCACACUCGCUACACCCUGCAGAUCAACCUCAUGGCUCGAAACCUGCUCAUCUCUAAGGAUGGUUCAUUCACACAUUAUGCAGCUUGUGGUGGAGAGGGCCAGUUCACCAUCCUGAAUAGAUCAAUGGCCUCAUUGACCUACAGCUCCCUCUGCAUACCAGACAACAUCGCUGAGCGUGGGCUAGAGUCUUUACCAGACUACUACUACAGGGAUGAUGGACUCAAGCUCUGGGAUAUCAUCCACAAGUUUGUGAAGGGAAUCCUGAACUACUAUUACAAGAGUGAUGCUGACGUCCAGAAAGACACUGAGCUGCAGAAGUGGAUUUCAGACAUUUUUGUCCAGGGUUUCCUCUCCAAUGAAGACACAGGAAUUCCUCAGAGCUUUACCACAGUGGGGGCAUUGGUCAAGUUUGUCACCAUGGUGAUCUUCACCUGCUCUGUGCAGCACUCUGCUGUGAAUUCUGGACAGUUUGACUUUGGUGCCUGGAUGCCCAACACUCCCAUCUCCAUGCAACUUCCUCCACCAACCACCAAAGGCAAAACUACAGAGGCCACCAUACUGGAGACGCUCCCUGAUGUCAACGUGACAGUUCAGGGGAUGGCCAUCCUGCAUCUUCUCAGCAAGCAGUCCACUGACUUUGUCUCUCUUGGCCAGUACCCAGAGGAAGAGUUCUAUGAGAAGACUCCCUGCAAGCUGAUAAAGGCUUUCCAAGGAGAGCUGGAGGUGCAAAGUGUGAUCAUCAAAGUCAGAAAUGAGAGUCUGGAUCUCCCGUACACGUACAUGGACCCAACUCUGGUGGAAAACAGUGUAGCUGUUUAA